AGGUGAAUUCCAGCUUUCCAACGGUGCAGAUUUAUUUAGGCUCCCCAGUGCUGGUGGAAAUUUCCAUAAAGAAGUAAGUAGGGAUUUAUUUGGUUUAGAUUUUUAUUUUCACGGUAGUACCGAAUUGGGCAUAACAUGAUUGAUCGUACAUUCCAAUACAGUAGUUGGCGGCAUGCACUUUAAACGUUUGUUUGCGGACCGCCAUGAUAUCAAAGAAGAAGAAGAAGAAAAAGAAGCGCGCGAGAUAGAAACUUGAGCGCGGACUAACGUUAGUGUUGUCAGCAACACAGAAGUGGAGUACCCAGCCCUCCGACAAAAUACAGUUUCAUGGACGUGGAUUCAAUACGACAAACACAGAUUUGCUCAUGGUAUAUAGUUCGCGAAUCUAUGCACGACGUGGUUGACAAAAUAUACAAUUGUAUUUUAGCGGUAAAACAAAGAUAAAUGUCCUGGUGGUUGCGCGGAGAGGAUAGGGAGGAGGCUAUGUAUCAGGACACCGACUCUGAUGUGGCUGAACAGAGAGACGGUGGAAAGGUCAAAGUGAAAUGGACACAAGAGGAGGAUGACAAUCUGAAAGCAUUGGUCCAAAACCUGGGACCAAAUGACUGGAAACACAUAGCCAGUUUUUUACUGAAUCGCUCAGAACACCAGUGCCAGCACCGCUGGUUGAAGGUUCUGGAUCCAGAUCUGGUUAAAGGGCCUUGGACCAAAGAGGAGGACGAGAAGGUGAUACAACUGGUGAAACGGUAUGGCAACAAGCAAUGGGCCAUAGUGGCUAAGCACCUGAAGGGCCGUGUGGGGAAACAGUGCAGGGAACGCUGGCACAACCACCUCAACCCGGAUGUGAAGAAGUCCUCCUGGACAAAAGAGGAAGACCUCGUUAUCUACAAGGCCCACUGCAUGCUGGGAAACCGCUGGGCUGAGAUUGCCAAGCUGCUCCCCGGAAGGACAGAUAAUGCUGUGAAGAACCGCUGGAACUCAACCAUCAAGCGUAGGGUUGAGAUGGGCUUCUUUAGUGGGGUGGAUCCUACUCUGAAGCAUCAUCAGGUGGACGCAGAGGAGGGCAUGGCCCACCACAGUAAAGAUCAGCAGAUGGACUAUGAUGGUUCUAUGGAGAGGGAUUCAGACCAAGACACUACACUGCUGGAGAAUGCCAGUACAUCCACUGUGAGAGACGGACCAAGGGAAGCAGGCUCCCACAAGGCUGUCUCUCCUCAACAGUCAAAGACACCCAAAAGUGAGCCAGACACCCCAGGACGUGAACUGAAUACCAAUAGCUGGGUGGUGGACAGCUCAGGCUUCCUCUCUCCCAACGGCCCAGGCUUAAAGGAGGUGAUGGAUAUGGUGGAUGGGGACCUAGAUGGAUGGUGCAACAUGUCUGUCUUUGAUCUGCCUGAGGAGAGCCAGAGCCCAGAGCGGACCCAGUUCCGUCUGGAGGGCAGCGCCCUGCAGGAGCUGAGCAAGGGCAACCGGGGAGAGCUGAUUCCCAUCUCCCCUGGAGGAAUCACCCCACCCUCCAUACUGACCCGCCGCAGCCGCCGUCGCAUCGCUCUAUCUCCUGACUCCAACUAUUCCAGGACCCCCAAGAGCACCCCGGUCAAGAUCCUGCCCUUCUCUCCCUCACAGUUCCUCAACAUGUGGACCAAACAGGACAGCUUUGAACUGGAGAAUCCAUCCCUCACCUCUACCCCAGUCUGUAGUCAGAAGUCCACGGGUACCACACCACUACACCGCGACAAGACUCCACUCACACAGAAGGAAAACUCUGUGUUUGCGUCCAAGCUGUACUCAAACUCAGUGUUCAUCACACCCAACCACAAGUCAAAUCUUGACACCACCCCGCGGACUCCAACUCCAUUCAAAAAUGCCAUGGAGAAGUAUGGUCCUCUGCGGCCUCUGCCUCAGACUCCGAAUGAGGAGGACUUGAAAGAAGUCCUCUUGAAAGAGACUGGGAUUGAGCUGAUCGUGAUGGAUGAGAGUCCACUUGAGCAAAGACGCAAGCAGGUGCAUCGACCUACAAUGAAGAAAGUGCGUAAAUCUCUGGCCUUGGAUGUCAUGGACUGCAAAGAGACGGUCACCUCCAGGCAUCAGUCCAUUAAGUUUGGGCCCCAACCCUGUCCUAAGGCUGAGACGUCUCUCAACUCCUCGUCCUUUUGCAUGAAGAGGGAAUAUAAAGAGGAGAAUGUUCUGGAUCAGGGCUUCUGUUUAGGACCCAGGGAGAGUUGUGCAUAUUCCAACCCAGUGCCACCAACACCAAUGUCCCAGGCAUGGGAAGCAGUGGUAUGUGGACGGACUAAGGACCAACUUAUAAUGACAGAGAAAGCAAGAUGUUACCUCCGCUCACUAAAAUCCCACGCUCCCAACCGGGCCCUCAUCCUGUCCUGAGCCCUCCCUCACUACCAAGAUCUCACAUGCUAUCAGAGUUGGGGAAAUUCCUAUUUGUGUCUGGGAAGUUUCACUUAAACAACCCUCUAUGCCAGCAGCAUACCACCCUGCAUCCCACUGCUGGCUUGUAUCUGAAGCUAAGCAGGGUUAGUCCUGGUUGGU